AUGGAAGAAACGAAGUGGGUGGUCCAAAUCAACGAGGAGCUCAAGAAUGAUGGUAUCUCAGCAGUGUAUGAAAAGGAGCAAUGGCAGAGGCAUUCCAUAUACAAGAUACCUUCACGAGUCACUGCAUUGAACGAAAGGGCGUACAAGCCUCAAGCAGUGUCAUUUGGUCCUUAUCAUCAUGGGGAAGAGCAUUUGAAGGACAUGGAAGAUCACAAGCAUCGAGCUCUGCUCCAUUUUCUCAAGAGGUGCAAAAAGCCUAUUGAGCUUAUCUUCCACUGCAUGGAUCAAGUGGUUGAAGAGUUGAGAGGCUCGUACAAUCCACUGGAUGAAAUCUGGAUGCAGGACAGAGCAAGGUUCGUGCAGAUGAUGAUUGUUGAUGGGUGUUUCAUGUUGGAGAUUCUGAGAGCCAAUGAUGGUGUUCCGGAUGAUUAUGCAGACAAUGAUCCUGUGUUUGGACAACACGGGAAACUUAAUGUGGUGCCAUAUAUCAAACGUGACANGUAUUCAUACAAGACAUAUCUUUUAAACCAUUCACAUAACACAUUCUUAGUAAUGGGGGAAUGUUAG